AGCGCUAAAUUCCCGACACUUCUACCAAGUACACGACGAAAAGUGGCAUUCCGCAAGCACACAACACUCACACCACAGACAAACGGCACUGAAGAACGGUCACUUGAUCCGGGAAUAUUCGAAGGAGAGACCACUCAUGUAGAAUUCGCUAUUGAAGCAAAAUCCAACGCUGAAAAGUUUGAGAACCACAGACGAAAUAUCUCGAAAAAGCAACAAAUGGCAACUGCUCUUUCAGCUCAUACGACUCCUACCACUUCAUCAGAUAUCGAAUACGAAAUAGUAGAAAUUGAAGUGGAUGAAAACGGUAACGAAAUACUGAAUGAAGAGGCAAAGGAAUCAGUCCACCACAAAAAUGGUCAGCAACAAGGAUGGAUUGAGGUGUUGAAGAGUAGUGAAGAGCAGUCAGGUGAUGACGUACGACGACACCCGAGACAAAAAUCGCCUGUCAAACAUAGUUUGGCAGUCACUCACGGAAACGAACGUCAAGAGCGAAGAAAACUAGUGAAGGAACAAAAACGUGACCUGAAUCUUCCUGACAGCAUCGAAGUUGAAUAUCUCGAUAAUGAAACGACGACGCGACCAACUCACGAAGAAGCCAUCGACAAUGAUGACUACUCAAAUGAGAAUCCUCAAUACGAAUAA